AUGGACAUCGAUCCGCGUUUGCAAUCGGCCAACGACCGGCUGAACAAGGGCUCUGCCAGCCCAAAUCGAGACCGCUAUCAUUCUCGCCAGCAGCAGCAGCAGCAGCAGCAGUACCAACAACAUCGCCCUCUGUCGUAUACGAAUACUUCAAGGACAGACGACCCCGUCAAGGCGGCCAGCGACUAUCACGUCUCCCCGGACUCGUCACACAGCCAAGUACCCGGAUCAACGCCUUCUCCGCACGAUGAAAAUACGAAUAAUGUUGGGGAGUUUGGGAAUUACUUGAAUGAGAUGUCGAUUGGCCUCAGCGACGCCCACGACGACCCUCUUGCUGACUUGAAACGGCCGCGGGCCUGCGAAGCUUGUCGCCAACUCAAGGUUCGGUGCGAGUUGGAUAAUAACCAUCCGUCCGGAUCGUGCAAGCGCUGUGCCAAGGCGAAGCGAACAUGUGUUAUUACAGCGCCGUCGCGCAAGCGUCAGAAAAAGACGGACAGUCGGGUUACUGAACUUGAGAAGAAGAUUGAUGCUCUGACCGCCAGCUUGCAGGCUUCGAGAAGGGCAGCAAGUACUUUUUCGGACGAAGGGGCCCAUGAACAAGAUGUCGUUCCUCCUCGACGAUGGCUGGGAGGGGGCCCUCCACCGCAGUCAACAACAUCACACCCCAGCUCUGGAAAUUCUCCUGCUCCGGCAACAAAGCGUACUGCCAGUGGCGACGUCAAGCCGAAUUCUAGGGUAGCGACGUCUUAUAAUAGUGGCUUGUUUGCGGCAUUUGGUCGCGACGGUGCUUCUGAAACGAAUGAGGGAACUGCUUCUUGGCCGCAGGCUCAAGGACCGUUCCUAGAAAAUGCCAAUGAAUUCGCUGAUGUGAUUGACCGCGGGGUGAUUGAUGUUGAGACUGCAUCCAAGGCUUUUGAUCGUUAUGUCAAUGAGGUUGCGCCCACCUUGCCGAUUGUCGUGUUUCCCCCGGGAACGAGUAUGUCAUCAGUUCGACGGGACAAACCGAGUCUCUUUCUUGCCAUCAUGUCCGUUUCUAUCAGCCCGUUCCGGCCAGAGUUGCAGAUGCCUCUGACCAAUGAAGUGCAUCGUUUGUUUGCCGACAAGGUUGUGAUACGGGGUGAGAAGACGUUAGAAUUGGUGCAGGCAAUUGUCCUGUCGUGUACGUGGUAUAACCCGCCUGACCAUUUCGAGGAACUCAAGUUCUUUCCGUUCAUCUACAUGGCUGUGGUAAUGGCAUUGGAUAUCGGCAUGGGCCGCGUUACGCGAAGAAAAGGCAACAAGCAGCUGGGAAUGCUGCGAGAGAUUCUGGGCAAGAACCGCAGUUCUAUGGACCCGGAUUCGGUGGAAACAAGACGUACGUGGCUGGGAGCGUAUUUUCUGGCCGUCAACGCCUCGAUGGCUCUUCGGCGGCCCUUGCUUUGUCGGUGGCAUCCGUACAUGGACGAGUGUAUCGAUAUAUUGCAAACCUCGCGGGACGCACUGCCAUCAGACAAGGUAUUGAUCCAUUGGGCGAAGCUGUCUCAUAUUGCGGAGGAGGUUGGGUUCCAGUUCUCAAUGGACGACCCAUCUUGCAGUGCAUUUUUGACCGAUGCCAAGGUGCAAUUUGCACUGAAGGGGUUCGAGAACCAACUUGACCAGUGGCGGCGCGAGAUAGCGCCUGAGAAUUAUACCCUUUUAUUGCGACAUGCGGAGAGCAUCGUCAAUAUAUACAUGCACGAAAUAUCAAUGCACACAGAGCACAACUUUGACGAUUUCAAACCUCCAUACCAUGAUGGGUUUAGUGACGAUAGCAAGAUUACAAACGUAACGGCCGCCCAAGUCGAUGCACUCACAGUGUGCCUGACAUCAAUCCACAAAUCGAUGGACAUAAUCACCUCGUUUGAUUAUGACGCGGUGGUUUGUCUCCCGACGGUGUAUUUCGCACGCACGGCGUAUGGAUUCGUCGCCCUACUCAAAAUGUUCUCGGCCAUUUCUCAGGACAACGGGCUGGGCCAGGUGUUUUCGUCGAAUGAUCUCCGAGCAGAGCAAUAUCUGGAAAAGGUCAUUACGCAUCUGAAAAUCAGCGGUGGCAAACCGGGCGGUCGAACGGCGGGCAAGUUCUGUAUGAUUCUGAACUUGCUCAAGAACUGGUUUGUCAAUCGCAGGUUGGAGAAGUCGAAAACCAAGACUGGAAGUGCCCAGGCUGACAAGCCGUCUGUUUCGCAUACUGUACUCCCACCCAUCAACGAGGCUGUAGCUGGAUCUCCAGAGCCAUCAACUUCUACUCCGCUAGCAAGCCUUGUUGGCAUUUCCUCUGGUGACGGACUAUUACCCUCUACCACUGGCGAACCAACACCUGCAGCCGCAUCCCAGCAAUGGCCUCAAUACGGCCCUGCCACAUCGACGACUCCAGCAUCAGCUUUCACCAUGCCGCCGCAGGGCUUCGACAUGACGGCGCAGCAGCAACCACCAGCCAACUUUGGCGACGCCACAAAUCCGAUGAUGACCGGUAUGAUGGCCACAGCAUCGCAGGCCGAAUUCGCGGGGUUUGCGCCAGAGCUCGGCUUGCAAAUGCCAUUUGACCCGGAGGGACUGUUUUCGAUUGGAAAUAUGCUUCAUGACGGGAUUUUUAAUAUGCCGAUUGACGAUGAGGGCAAUUUCUACCCGGGCAUAGAAGAAAAAAAAAGGAAGAAGAAGAAUAUGGCAACAGACGCAGACGUCGAGGCAGCAACGUUCACUCGUCUCGCAGAGACAGGGUUGUUUGCGUGCUCAGCGCUCAAGAGGAUGAAUGGCGGCACAGCAAAUUUCGUCUACAGCGGGAAACUGCUUCCUUCACAGGAUGUUUUACAAGAUGAAAGGCCAGAUGUGGUUAUUGUCAAGCAUACGACAGAUUAUGUGGCGCUGAAUCGGGCGUUCAAGUUGGAUAGAGAGCGAUGUGUUUUUGAAGAGACGAUGCUGAGAGCAUUGAAUACGUUUCCCCCCGUGCGUGACACGCUGCUGUCGCCGCCUCUCACGGUCAGAACGCCCAGGCUGUACCAUUACGACCAGCAAACGUAUACGCAGGUCAUGGAGCAUCUGGCCGACUCCAAGGAUCUCAAGAGCUGGCUGCUCUCCGAGGAAGGCGGCAAAAGUGUCUCCCGGGCCUCUGCGACAGCGAUUGGGCAUGCACUGGGCGCGUGGAUCGGAGCCUUUCAUGCGUGGGGGUCCCAAGAGCAGCAGGCCGCGUUGAGGGGCAAGAUGGCGCAGAAUAUACCGAUGCAGAAGCUUAAGAAUAUGAUCAACUAUGAGAAGCUGCCGUCCAUGGUCGAUACAUACCCGCAUAUUCUGGAGUCGAGUCGCGCUAUCUUUGAACAGGCGCGAGAUCGUGCUGCUGCGGAAUUAAGUAGUAGUACUGCAGCAAGCGACACGCAAAAUGAGGACUAUGGACUUAUCCACGGCGACUUUUGGACGGGCAAUGUGCUCAUUACAGACCACACGUUGUUCGUGGUCGACUGGGAACUGAGCCAUAUUGGUCUCCGCGCUUUGGAUCUCGGACAGAUGCUUGCAGAGCUGUUCGAGGCCAAACAUUUCAAGGAUAUCGAUGCGGCCGUGUGGAUAAUGCAGGGACUGGCCGAGAGGUAUGAGCUGCUCACGCCGGACAUGGCGUUUCGCGCGGCAACGCAUGUUGGCGUGCAUCUGGUGUGUUGGAGCGUGGUGCCGGGAUGGGGCACGCAGCAGCAGAUCGAGGAUGUGGUGCGCAUUGGCAGGGACUUUAUCGUCAGGGGCUGGCAAAAAGAUCGAGACUGGUUUAUCAACGAGGGCACGUUGGCAUCUUUGUUUGAGAGAGAGUAUCGGUCGUGA